AUGAGCAGUUCGAGAGUUCCUCUAAUUCGCCUGCGAGUGCCAAUCUUAUUUAUUCAAUCCUCAUCAAGGCCGAUCAGUCCACGCAAUGUAGGCUACGUCAACAGCCAAGUAUCAAGUCAUCCUGUGGGAUAUACAAAGCGAUCAUACUCAUCCCAGCCAAAUGAGAACAACCACAUUUCAUUCCAAUCUGGAAGCCGACUGGCCGGCCGGAAAUGCAUGAUCACCGGUGGGACAUCCGGCAUCGGCUUCGCCAUUGCCGAACGAUUUCUACAAGAAGGGGCAUCAACCAUAGUCCUCGUCGGCCGAUCUCAAACACGCCUAGAGGAAGCAGCCACAAAACUCGAGCCUCUCGCAGUUACACUACCCGAACUUGGUGAGAGCAAUGAUGAAGUCGCAACUCGCGCCCCAGAAGAAGACAACCAGCAAAGCAUGCAAGGAAAGAUCCGUCUACUUGUCGGGGACGUAUCAAAUGCUGGGCCAUGGAUGCGGGAACUCGAAAAGGAGAUGGCAAAUGUGGACAUCCUAGUCAACGCAGCAGGAAUUUCGAUAUCGAACAUUCUGCCAAGAUCCGAGCUGGAAGAUAUAUCCACAAUCCUACGUACUAAUCUCGAAGGCGCAAUUCUCACUUCACGCGCGUUAAUGCGUGCCUCUAUCCGCAGUCGGAUUCGGAAUCGGAGUGGUCCAGCUGCGGGGACGAAACCCCCGUCGAAAUGCAUCAUUAACGUCUCCUCUUUACUCGCGCUCAAAGGUGGAACUGGCGCGGUUCCAUACGCUGCUUCCAAGGCUGGCCUUCUCGGUCUGACACGGUCAUUGGCUAUUGAGGCAUCAGCCUCGAUGAAAGAUAUUGUGAUUCGGUCAAAUGCUAUUGUGCCGGGGUAUAUUGAAACACCUAUGGUUGCAGACUUCACACCCGGGGAAACGAGCAGGCUGAAGGAUCUCAUUCCUCUUCAUCGAUUUGGAAAUCCACGCGAGAUUGCCGAUGCAGCUGUGUUCUUGGCACAGAAUGAAUAUGCUAACAACUGUGUGCUCAAUCUCGAUGGUGGGUUGAGUGCCGUUUGA